ACUCAAACCACAUUCAUUCACUGCACAAAUGGCUCCUCCACGAGGAAGAGGAAGAGGAAGAGGACGUGGUGGUCGUGGAAUGAGAGGUGGGAGUGGCCGUGGAUUUGGCAGAAGAAAUGAUUUCGCUGCUUCGCGACUGCGGGAAGUGGAUUCGGAUGAAUCCUCUGGUGAAGAUGCGCCCAUCAAUCAGGAAGUUGAGGAUGUUGACAUGGGUGACGAUACCUUGAUGGGUGAUGCUUCAUCUAGCAGCGACGAAGAGGAGAGUGCUGGUCGCCCGUACAACGAACUACUCGAACUACUACACGCCAACUCCGACUCAAAGGGACCCGCUCGAAAGAAGAGAAAGCUUGCUAGUGAUAAAGAUAUGGAGGAAGACCCUGCAACUAUCGAAAAUGAAGAACAGGUCGACGAUGCGCUACAAGAUCGAGCUCCAUCCGACGACGAGGAAGAGGCACAGGAAGCUGACGAUGACGAGGAUGAAGUUGUUGGACCGUUCGAAAAGCACUUCAAUCCCGCCGAAGGUGACCUCUCCAAAAAGAUUCAGUCCAUCGAGUCUAACAAGUGGACAUCGGUGAAGAAGGAGGUCGAUGGCUUGCGAGUGGUGCAAUCCAUUCCUGAAGUAGGAGACUGCAAGGCGGCACUGCUCCCAGCGAUGAAGAGCACGGCCAACUUGAAGCUCAAGAAUAAGCUGAAGCCCCGUGCAGCAGAGCUCCUCCCCACCAUCAACGGCCCUGCCCAGCAGGUGGCUCCAUAUGUAUUCGACUAUCAAGAUAUUCUCUAUGGCGCGCGCACUGCAUCCAUCGCAGAGGACAUGCGCGAUAUCAUGGCUCUUCACGCCGUCAACCAUAUUAUCAAGACCCGAGACCAGGUUCUCAAGAACAAUGCACGCCUAGCAAAAGAUCCAGACACCGAUGUCGAAUGCCGUGACCAGGGUUUCACUCGUCCCAAGAUCCUGUACAUCCUCCCGACUCGCCAAGCAUGUGUGCGUGCUAUCAAUGCGAUCACCCGGUUCUACCAGGUCGAGCAGCAGGAGAACAAAAAGCGAUUUAUCGAUACCUUCUCCGGCCCCGAGGAUGCAGGGUGGGAGAACAAGCCCGAAGACUUCCGUGACCUGUUUGGUGGCAAUGACGAUGACAUGUUCCGACUAGGAUUGAAGUUUACUCGCAAGACUGUCAAGUACUUUGCGCAAUUCUACAGCUCUGACAUCAUCCUAUGCAGUCCACUUGGUCUGCGGACGAUCAUGGACCAAUCUGAUGAGAAAAAGCGAGACCAUGACUUCCUCUCCUCCAUUGAAGUCGUCCUUGUCGAUCAUGUCGAUGCUCUCCUCAUGCAAGUCUGGGACAACGUCCCCUACAUCUUCAAGCACCUCAACCUACAGCCCAAGGAAGCCCACGGGUGCGACUUCAGCCGUGUACGCAAUUGGUACCUCGACAACCACGCACGUUACCUGCGACAAACCAUUGUGUUGACCUCUCACAUCACCCCCGAGAUCAACUCCCUUUUCUCAACACAGAUGCAAAACGUAGCCGGCCGGAUCAAAUUCACACCAACAUACGCCGGCGCCAUCACCGAGCUCCCACUCCCAGUCUCAGUCAAGCAGACCUUCUCGCGCAUCGACAGUCUAUCUCCCGCAAAGGACCCCGAUGCCCGAUUCAAGCACUUCACCACAACGGUCCUCUCCACACUCGUCAAAAACAUUGCCAACGGCCGUGGCAAAGGAGGCGCCGGCACAGUCAUUUUCAUCCCCUCAUAUCUCGACUUUGUCCGCGUGCGCAACCACUUUGCUCAAUCCGCGCAGACCACGAAUGUCUCCUUUGGUGCAAUCUCCGAGUACACCGAGGCACGGGAAGUUAGCCGGGCUCGCAGUUACUUCAUGACCGGUCGCUACUCGGUGCUGUUGUAUACCGAGCGUGCGCAUCAUUUCCGCCGAUACCAGAUUCGUGGUGUCCGCCGGGUAAUUAUGUACGGUCUACCCGAGAACCCGACGUUCUAUGGGGAGAUUGCAGGAUUCUUGGGACUGGACCCUGCGGCUGUGGUUGAGGCUGCGGAGGGUGGUGUUCGGGCUCUGUUCUCGAGGUGGGAUGCGCUCAAGUUGGAGCGUAUUGUUGGGACUUCGCGAGUUGGGAAUAUGCUGCGGGAGAAGGGGGGUGAUACCUUUACCUUUGUAUAG